GGUUUUCCAAACUAGGUAGGAGAAGAAAAAACAAACGAAAUCAUUUCAUUCAUAAAUUGUGUGCCAAAAAAAAGAAAAUAAUAAAGGAAUAAGAAAGAAUCUAGACAUAACUGAAAAUAAAAAAAGUGUGUGUUACAAAAUAAGUUCAUGUGUUCUGAAUUAAAAAUCCUGUGCAAUAUUUCGAUGACCUUUUUGGUUCGUUCAUCUUGAGGUGUUUUGGUUAUUUUUUUCAUUUGUAUUUGCAAAUUAACCAAAAACACGUAUGGAAAUCACACGUAUCUAGAACGUUAAGCUAAAUUUUCAUUCAAGUGGCGGCCUACUUUAAAAUAAAUAUUUUGUUUUUAUUUUAAUUUAUUUUUCGUACAAAUCUACAUACCUACCUAUACAAUUCGUUUCCAAUUUUACGUUUAUAUUUUAUUAUUUUUUUGUUUGUUUCUCGCGUUUAUAUAAAUACAUACAUCUGUGUAUAGCUCUUACAUACUCGUACAAUCAAGUAAAAAUAUAAUAUAUUUUAACAAAAUUCCAAAAUAACAAGAAGGAAAAUACAAAAAUAUACAAAAACCUAGUGAAACGAAAAACAGCCAGCAAUAAAACCAACAACAAGAAAAACAACUACAACAAUUUAUUUUGUGUCUGCGUGUGUGUUACGGUCUGGUCUGUCUGAAAUUUGUUCUUCUUGAUUUGCAUUAUUUAUAAACUAUUUUUUCGUGGUUUCGUUUCCAAAACCAAGGAGCUUGGCUGUUGUUAGUGGACAGUGAAGGGAAUCAAUUUAAAUUCAAUAUUUAAUGUUAUUUUUUCAAUUUAUGAAAAACAACUAAAAUACAAUCUUAAUUCAAAAACAACGUACUUAAUUUACAUACCAACUACAACUACAAACUCAAACUAAAAUAAACUUAGUUUAGAAAAACAAACAAAAAAAUUAAAAAUUUAAAAAAGAAAAUCUUAGAAAAAUUAAUGUAGAGCAAAAAAAAGAAAAGAAAUCCAAAAACAAACAAACAAAAAAACAUUACAAAUGUUUGCGUGAUAACACAUUCUAAAACUUAAGGAAACCUAAACAAACUCCCUACAAACACGCCAGUUGAAGUAAAACCCAUUUAACAAACAAAAUCUUUUAGCAACAGAGAAAAUGUUUUACGACCUACUGACCAGAAAUUCUAAUGAAUAUUUUCAUCAAGGUCCGGCAGGUCGAAAAAAAGGUGAACGAGCUAAACACGAACAAGAAGAAAAAGAAUUUCUAAAUUUCUUUGCCAGCAAAAACACCUUUGGGCCGCAAGAAACAACUGCGACAACAACAACAACAACAGAAAAUCAAAGGCAGAAAUUAGAAAGAGCUGCCAACAAAAUGGCUGUUAAUAAGAAACAACAAACAAUGAUGAUGGCAGCCCAGGAUGAGCGCGAAGAGUCAAAGGACAAGAAGACGCCAUCGCUAGAGCAAGAAAUGAAUUUGGCUCGAAGGGCAUGUUGGUGCAAUAACAAAUUGGAUGACUUAAAGAGUCAACAACAACAAUUAAAACAAAAAUGCUGUGAGAAUUGCUUUAAACGUCUAAAUGAGGACAACAAACAAGAAAAUAAUGAAGAGAAUGAUGGCGUAGAUGAUGAUAAUGAAACAACGGUUUUGAAUGGUGCUAAAAACUUUAGUAAAAAUAUUAAUAAACUUAAUGAAACUACUAAUAAUGUUAAUGAUAAUAAUAAAACAACUACAAAAACUAUAAAUAGUAAUAGUAAAAUGUUUAGUAAUACAACUACAACCACUACAAAUAGUUUAAGUAAAAGAAAAAAUCUUAUAAAUAAGCACAAACAACAACUGGAGCAGGAAAAUUCCUCCUCUGACUCCUUACUAUCCAAAGAUGCUGCUAAUAAUUCCUCUAAUUCCUGCUCCCCUGUAAAUAAUAAUCCUACAAAUAAUAGUAAUAAUAAUAGUAGUCCUGGCAACAACUUAAUAAUGGCCUAUUUGCGUGUUCUACUGCUACAAAUGUGGUUGUCAUUUGUGGAGUUUUGUGAUAAAAACACUAUUAAACCCAAUGAUCCACGUUUUGCCGCCUAUCGCCAAGAUAAACCAACAAAAGAUCAGCCCAAAUCACAGACACAAACACCACCAAACGCCUCUACAAAUACGGAUUCCACCUCUUCGUCAUCCUCAACGAAACCUAAAAAAGCUUUUCAAUUCAAAUUGCUAACGAAUAAGAAAGUGAUUUUCCUGUUUGUGGUCUGUGUUUUCUUUUCGUGUGUCAAUCGCAUUGAAGCCCGUCCAAAUUUGGAAAGUUCCAAUAAUGCCAUUGUGGGCGAAACCCUACCACCAGCAGUGGCAGCCAGUGAUGGCGCAGCGGCGGUGAAGCCUUUGGAUAACAGUGUUUCCGGUAAAAGUAAUCCCGCUUCUGAAUCUUCAAUACCACCGUCUCCAAAUGAUGUGCACACUUAUAAGUCACAUGAGGGACACGAAGUUCGUUCGAACGAGGCCGGAGGAAGUGAUCAUCCUGAUCGUUAUCCCUUGGCUCAAGUGGAGUUUGAUCGCGUGAAAACACCUUUUAUAAUUGGUGUUUGGAUUCUAUCGGCCAGUAUAGCGAAAAUUGGUUUCCACAUGACACCAAAAUUGCAUCUGAUAUUUCCGGAAUCUUGCCUUUUAAUUGUUGUGGGUGUCGUUAUUGGUGUGGUGCUGUUCUUUUGUACGGAUGUGGCUGUCUCCCCGCUGACACCGAAUACCUUCUUCUUUUAUAUGCUGCCACCGAUUAUAUUGGAUGCGGGUUACUUUAUGCCCAAUCGUUUGUUUUUCGACAAUUUGGGUACAAUUCUAUUGAUGGCUGUUGUGGGUACAAUAUUUAAUAUUGCAACCAUUGGCGGUUCAUUGUAUGCCUGUGGUCUGAGUGGCAUUUAUGGCAGCGCGGCUGAAACUCCCAAAUUAAUGGAAACCUUCAUCUUUGCCUCCCUUAUAUCGGCUGUGGAUCCUGUGGCUGUAUUGGCUGUCUUUGAAGAGAUACAUGUCAAUGAAAUUUUGUAUAUUGUCGUCUUUGGUGAAUCGCUACUCAAUGAUGCUGUUACGGUCGUCAUGUAUCAUAUGAUGGAAGUUUAUAAUCACAUUGGUAUAUCGGAAAUUAUAGCUCAAGAUGUUGUCAAUGGUGUGGGUUCAUUCUUUGUGGUGGCAAUUGGCGGUACUGUCAUUGGUAUCAUUUGGGGCUUCCUGACUGGCUUGGUAACACGUUUCACGGAUCACGUGCGCGUUAUAGAACCCAUCUUUAUCUUUGUCAUGGCAUAUUUGGCAUAUUUAAAUGCUGAAAUAUUCCAUAUGAGUGGUAUUUUAGCUAUAACCUUCUGUGGCAUAACCAUGAAAAACUAUGUGGAAUCGAAUAUAUCACAAAAGUCCCAUACAACGGUCAAGUAUGCUUUAAAAAUGAUAUCAAGUUCCUCGGAAACGGUUAUAUUUAUGUUUUUGGGUGUGGCCACAGUCAACAACAAUCAUGUAUGGAAUACAUGGUUUGUUUUGCUGACCAUACUCUUCUGUUCAUUCUUUAGAGUUAUAGGUGUUAUUGUUCUCUCGGCGAUAGCAAAUCGUUUCCGUUUACACAAAUUGUCGCGUGUCGAUCAGUUUGUUAUGUCGUACGGUGGCCUGCGUGGUGCCGUUGCCUUUGCCCUUGUCCUGUUAAUCGAUGAACGUGUUGUGCCUACAAAGAAUAUGUUUGUUACCACCACCAUUGCUGUGAUAUACUUUACCGUGUUCUUGCAGGGCAUCACCAUUAAGCCGCUCGUUAAAAUUUUAAAUGUUAAACGUGCUAACAAACGUAAACCCACCAUGAAUGAACGUAUCCAUGAGAGAUUUAUGGACCAUUUAAUGGCUGGCAUUGAGGAUAUUAUUGGUAAAACUGGCAAUUACAAUGUGCGUGAUAAAUUCAAGCGAUUCGACAAUCGUUUCAUACGUCCUCUAUUGAUAAGAGAUCUUAAGGGUGCCGAACCGAAAAUCAUUGAAACCUAUUCGAAAUUAACCAUGCGUGAUGCCAUUGAAGUGAUGCGUCGUAAUCCCUCAACAAUUGGUCAAAUAACGGGCACUGAAUCGAUGAGUGCCUUAUUUAGAAAUUACACCAAUAAUUGUAUUGGUGGAAGGUGGGCACCGCCAACUAUUUAUACAACCUGUCCCAGUCUAACAAAUUUGGACAAUACCUGCUCACGCAAUUUGGAUAUGCAUGAAUUGGAUUAUAAUCCCUCCAAAAAGGAUCUUACCGAUGCCAGAAUACAUCACUUGUUGGCGGAAGAAUUGAAACCAUAUAGAAGGGCCUCUAUACAAAUGCACCGUCGUCUUAGUUAUAGCCGUCACGCCGUAGAUGACAGAGAUCUAUCCACACAGGUGAAUUAUAAAAUGCAAAUGAAUUUCCGUCGCAUGUUCAACGACCGUAAACAUCAUAAACGUAGCAAACGUAAUGCUAAUAAGCAUCAAGAUGGCGUUAAACAAAAUCAUGUCUCAUUCCAUGAUUUCCAACAGAACGGAACAACGAAACAAUUCUCGCACGGUACGAGUAAGAAUGAAACAAAUUUACGAAAAAAACUAAUCAGAAAACAUUCUCACAAUUCACUUAACAAAUAUCGUAGAUUAGAAAUAGACAAUUAUAUUAAUGAAGUUCUUAGUGAAACAGCCGAAGAAAAUCCAAAUAAACUCACCGAGGUUACUGUGGUAGGAGCCAGCGAUGACUGGGAUGAUGGUCUUACAUUUACAGCGAAAUCAUCACCGGAUUCGGAUCGUGCCAAUAAUAAUUCAUUAAUUGCUCAUAUACAAAAUCUGCCCGGUUUUGAUGCUUCUAAAGCUCGUAUUGUUCAACAUUAUGCCGCAGCAACGCCGCAGCACAGUACUAGUGAAAGUCCGGAAAAACUACUUUCACCCGAUGAUCCUCCGAUUGGCCCCACAGCGGCCGAACUUAUCUUACCCUGGCGCAGGGAUCGUUCCUAUCAAAGCAUUGCAGAGAGUGCCAUACCCGAGGAAGAUAGAAAUCUUCGGGAUUCGGGUGAUGAGAGGCGGGUAGCCACCCCCACAGCCACCGAAUCACAAUUGCCCUGGAAACGCCAAGGCGAUGAGAUAUCUGAUGCUGUACAACAAAAUGAAUUCCCUGCAUGGGCCUCCAAUAAGGAAUAUUUGGCCUACAAUUCACCAAGUGCUACAUUUUUAGGUGGUAUAAAUAAACCUAAACAGCCCAAGUCCGUCAUAGGUCUUUUCCGUCGUGAGAGUUCUGGUUCUCGUGGUGGCACUAGCAUUACUGGUGCCGAUGGCCUAGAUGCUUCCAGCUCUGCCCGCGGCUCAGAUCCAGCUUUAGCAGCUGCUUUAAGCAGCAUGGUUGUGCCUUCAACAGCAUAUAAUCCACGCCUUGACAAACGUUCCCAAUCGAUAUCAUCUGGCUCUGGCAUAAGUGAGGGUCAUGCGGGCCCCUUCCCUGUGACCGCCAGUCAUCGUCGUAAUGUGCGUCGUGGUUCUAUGCUAGAAUUAAGCGGAGACACUAUCCCCGAGGAAUCUUAUUACCAUGGGCACUCGAAAUCGCUAUGUGAACCGGCCGGCGAAGAAUGGGACUCAGUGUUAGCCGAUGCGGAGAAAGCCGACUACGCCAGCGGGAAUAGCGAUAAACUGCUAAAGGCCAGUGGCCGUGAACCACUGCUGCCCAAAUUAACACCAAGGGCCACCCAAAUAAGACGCGGCAUGGGCGGCGCUAUGGGCGGCAGUAAUAAAAAGAAUCAAGUGACUACGGCUCUGCUGUCCACCACCAAUUCCGACUAUGAUGAUGAUGAAGAAGAGGACUUUGAUUUGUAUGAUGAUGAGAAUAUUGUGGUAACCACAACAACGGCAAAUGAUCCCAGCAUUCGUUUAACGAGGCCGGGCCUAACGGAGGAGAGUCCUAGCACUACAACCACCACCACUAUUCGUUUGACACGCAACAAUGAUGAAAGUAUUAUUUGAGUGGAUGAUUUGGGGCUGGACCAAGAGCAGGACAAUAAAGUUAAAAUUAAAAGCGAUCUACUACAGCAAAUUAAUGAAGACUACUUGGAAGAGCUAGAUGAUGAUGAAGACUAUGAUGACGACGACGAUGAUGAUGAUGAUAUAGAGAGACAAGAACAACAACGUUUGCUUAUGGGAUCUAGAAAAUCUAGAAAUUUCUUUAAGUAUGAAAUGUUUUAUUAAAAAAACUAAUUAAUAACUAAAAGAGUUUUAAGAUUAAUUAAUUUAAUUUUUAACUAAAAAACAAAAAAAAAAAAAAGAAUUCUUUGUAAAUGUGUUACAAACAUGUGUAUAGGAAACAAACUAAAAUUUUAUUUAGAAAUAAUUGUCCAAGAUGAGCAAAAGAUGUUUUAAGAAGAGCGGUCCAACCUUUAGGCACUUUUAGUAGUUUUAUUUCCACAAAAAAAAAGAAGAAAACCCCACAUAACCGGAUGUAAUGAUUGAAUGAAUGAUUUAUUGUAAAGUUAUUAAGAAACACGGGAUAUUUGCAAACAAAAUUAUUUAUAAAUAAUUACAAAAAAAAAAAUUAAAAAAAACAACAAAACAAAAAUUAAAGAAAUGUAUUUAGUAUUAAACAUUUGUUUGUAUCAUAGUUUUUAGUAGUUUGUAAUUUGUAUGUUUAAAUAUUUUAAACAAAAAACAGAAACAAAAAUCAGCAACGACUUAAUUUUUCUCUUUUA